AUGGCUCUCUGCCAGAACCCUGGUGACUGCUCUUUUGAUGAAUUUCCCCAAAACGCUACAAAACUUUCUCGUACUGAUGCUCUUACUCUGUGUACCCCUCAAACCGCUUCAACUGAUGACUUUGACCCUCCUUCUAAGCGGAUAAAGAUUACUGGACCCUCUGAUAUUGGAACUCCGCUCAUGACUAGUACACCCAUCAAAAACUCUGAAUCAACUCUUCGAAAAUUAUCAAAUCAAUAUGGUGCCGGUCGUCCCCGGAAAGAAUCCGAUAAUCCAUUCACCUACAUCAGUCCAAAUCACUUUCCCACCCCCAAGGAACUACGUUUUUUCACCAAAAGUGUCAGGAUGUCGAAGGAAAAUAAACUCACGAGGAAGAAUGCGGCUUUUUAUGCUCUGGAUACUAUUCGGAUCAAAUUCAAUGCUUUGGACGACAUCAAAAAUCCUGCUCUUCUGCACAAACACGUGGCCAAAUGCAUCGAUAUCUUCAUCAGAAAGCAGAUUCAUGCGGCUGGAGGAGACCUUGAAACCACUCCAUAUUGGCUUCAGAUACAACAUGAGGGUUUCCGCGAAGAGGCUGGGUUUUUCAUUUCACAUAAGACCCAUUCUGCUGUAGGUGGUGGAGAAAUCAUCAACACAUUAGCCCGCCAAAUGCAGAGCAACAAAAAUCUUGGACUCGAUGGAUCGUUUAGUGUGGCCAUGAAUGUGUUCAAGGAUGGAGCCCAAAGAAAGCUAGUGGGUAGAGGUGUUGAGAAAAAAGGUACUCGAUCUACGGAGAAAAUGAGGGAAACGAUCCUACUACAUCACUUUGGAGAGAAACGUACACGUGUAUCAGGUGACAGUCAUUGUAUGGUGAAGGCUCUAUGUCUUGGAAAACUCGUCUCCGAUUCAUCUAACCCAAGAACCAGAAAGAUUACUCCGAAACUUUUCGAGCGAAAGAACAACUAA